CAGUUUCCAGUGUUGAGUGAAGGUAAAGACAGUUACAGGCCGUCAUCAUGAGUCGCAGCCCAGAAAGGAUGUCUUCCUACCGCCGCCACUUCGAGGGCACCCUCGCCUCCUCCUCUGCUUCCUAUCAGGUGCGGGUUUCGAGCCCUUCACCGACCCGAAGGGAUGUCCGUCACCGCUCUGCCAGCUACAGUCGCAGCGGGGGAACCAUGGGGAGGAGGAACCUCUCCAGCAACCGCAAGCCCCGCAUGACCAGGUAAUACAACUAUUUUGAUGUUUUAUUUAGGAUAGGACCAUUCUAGGCUACAGUUGAGGUUUUAAUGUCAUAUCAGCGUUAACUAUCCAUUUGUUCUUUCACUGGAAUACUGCUUCAUUUAUAAUUGUAGGCUUGGCCUAAUAAUCACUGAAUUCAUUCUUAAUGGGACACUCAUUUCUUGAUAAAAUAUAUUUAACUUUGAGUAUCAGACCUAUUCUGAUGCUUUCAUUACCUCAACAUCCAGAUUAAAAGUGUUAUAAAGUCAAAUAUAGUGGAUGGUUGAUGGCUGGCCUUGUCCCCUCCUGUCCUUACCACAGCAGUGUGAGUAUGGGGGCCCUAUGCUUCGGCAUGAACAUGGGGCUGGGGCCCAGCCUGGACCUGGAUGCAGCUGCAGCGGAGAACCAAGAAUUUAUGAGCACCCGCACCGGCGAGAGGCAGGAGAUGGUGGCCCUCAACGACCGCCUGGCUAUCUACAUCGAGAAGGCAAGACCACACCUCAUCUCACACGUUCUGUCACUCAUACUCUCCUCUGUCUCACUAAACUAUAUGCCACACUCAGUCACAUGCAAACCUAUGUUUAUCUGCACUCUCUCUCACUCACAAACCCAUGUUCUGUCCCAGGUACGUACUCUGGAGGGGCAGAACAAGCUGCUGGAGGCUGAGAUUGAUGCUCUGCAGAACCGCUAUGUGAAGCCGUCUGGGCUGAGACAGCUCUACGAGGGCCAGCUGAGACAGCUCCACCGGAUCGCUGAGCAGAUGAGAGUGCAGAGGGUGAGCCACCUAUAGCCUAUGCAUGAUAUUUACUUUUACAAUGGUGGACUGGGAUGAGACAGACAGGUAUUGGGUUUGACUGUUUCCUCCACCCUAAGGACCUGGCUGUAGCGGCCAAGGGGGCCAUGGCAGGACAGGUGGAGGUGCUCAAGGUCAAAUAUGAGGAGGCUCUGGAGGCCAGGAAGAAGGCAGAGUUGGAGAUCGAAGCCUUCCGCCCCGUGAGUCAAACACAGAUGCAGACAUAACCAUUAAACAAUAUCAACAUGAACUCAAAUUGUACACACACAUAAUCACCUACCUCAUUUACCAGGCUGUCAAUGUACUCUCUUCCCAGUUAUUCCUGUGUACAAACUCAAUAAUAAAUUCAUCCUCUAACCUUCCUCUCUGGCAGGAUGUGGAUAGAGCCACCUCGGCCCGUAUCGGCCUGGAGAAGCAGCUGGAGAACCUGGAGGUGGAGCUGGCCUUCCUGACCAGAGUUCACAAAGAGGUAACACGUCUGGGUCUAUAUCUGUGUCUACGUCUGUCUAGUGUCUUUCACUGUCUUGAUUCACAGAGGGGCAACAUACCACUGUCUGUCAUAUAUCUAUUUUCACAUUGAGGCAGUCCAUUUCUUUCUGUAUCUGUUCACAAAGGUGGACUGUAACAUACUGUAUUUUACAUACUGUAUGUGUCUAUAGCAGCAUCUGUUUGGUAUGACUUGUGGUCAUCACAGGCAUGCAGUUGAAUUCACACAACUGCUGGAAUGACCUGCUAAUUACUUUUUUAUGACAGUAUAUGAGUUAAAGUGGGAGAGGUUGGAUCAUGGGCUAGUGAUUGAGAGUUUUCUGAUGCAAACUUUAUCGACUAACUGUGAAAACUGUGAAAUUCACAGAAGGAAUGAGUAGGCUCCCAUUUUGUUUGCCCCUGUCAGGAAAUUGAGGAGCUGAUGCAGCAGAUCUACGUGGCGGUGGCCAAGGUGGACAUUACCUUUGCCCUCCCUGACCUCUCCUCCGCCCUCAAACAAAUCCAGUCCCAGUACGACAGCAUCGCCGCCAGAAACCUACAGGUACCAAUUGCAGAUAAUACUCGAUUUAUUACACAUAACUUCAUAUGUGAUUACAUAAUUACACAGAAAACUGAAUCCAUUUUGUUUCUGUUGUUCCUCAGGAGAUGGACGCUUGGUACAAGUCAAAGUUCCAGGACCUGAACGAUGUGACAACCAAACACGUUCAAAGCGUUCGAAGUGUGAGAGAAGAAAUCGCAAGUUACAAGAGAGAUGUAAGUGGGACCCUCUUUUCUCAUCAUCGUUAAUACUGUUAUUGACACCACCAAUCAACAGAUUGAAAACACGGGUGUGUUAAGGUAGAAUUAAGGUUAGGGUUAGGGUAAGGGUUAGGUUUAGGGGUUAGGGAAAAUAGUACUUUGAAUGGUUAUAAUUGUGUGUCCCCACAAGGUUAGUUAAACAAGACUAUGUGUGUUUGUCUCUGUGUGUAGAGCUUAAACCUGGUGCGUGAGUUGGAGUCCAUGAAGACGAGGAAUGAAUCUCUGAAGGUUCAGAUUCGUGACGCUGUGGAGAGACACAAGAAAGAACAGGAGACACUGCUGGUGAGUAGUACUACUCUCACUACACACCUUUACUGUAGAAAGAAGCAUGGGAGGUCAGAAUGGAUAUUUGCUCUACAAAGUGGGCAAUAAGUGAGAGUUCUUUAAAAUUGACUCUAACAGCCGGUCACAAUUGGCUCCCUAUGACCUAAAAGCUUGUGUGUGUUUCCCACAGGAGCGUAUUGAGGGGCUGAAGCUGGAGCUGAAGGUGAUGAAGGAGAAGAUAGCUUUGCUGCUGAGGGAGUACCAGGAGCUGCUCAACGUCAAGAUGGCCCUGGAGAUUGAGAUCACCACCUACAGGUGACAAUCAUAACUCCCCUAUAGUCUAAACAGGCCUUUUCUGCUCCUCAUUUCCCCCACUUGAAGAGAAAAGAACUGGACAGGUCAAAGCAGAUUGCGCCAAGUAUUGCUUUCAGCUAUCCUGGGUUUGUCAGAUCUGUGUGGGAGGCAAGGAAAGGCAGCAACGCAACUAUUUUGAUAUGCAGCCUACUUUAUGUUUGCUAAGUGUAAAUCUGUGACUUCUACGUGUCGUCUCUGUGGUUGUGUAUUUGGCAGGGCGCUGAUCGAGGGCGAGGACACCCGUCUCAGCACCAUGGUACAGAGCAUGUCCCUGGGUGGAGGAGGAAGAAGCGGAGUGGCCAUCAGCGCUAGCUCCACCUCUGCCUCGGUUAGCGCCGCCUCUGUCAGCGGAUACGGGUAUGGGGCCGGGCUGGGCAGAACUCCUGCUAAUGGAAAUGGGGGCACCAAAGAGGCCCCUGAUGUGGCAGUGAUAUCACCAGAGAGCCAGACGGAGAGCUACGAGGAACAGUCAGUGGAGAUGACUGAGCGGAAGACUCUUCUCAUCAGGUAGAGCAAGCCUUGGUCACAAUUUAAACCAUACUGGGAGAUAAUCUUACCUAUAAUCUGUCGAUAAAAUAUGGCCUACCAGUAGUCUGUUUUGUCAUCUGAAUAUGUGACGGAGGACAUUUUUGUAUUUACAUAUAUUUGUAUACAAUAUUAUAUUUGUCACCCAGUGUUGUUUUCAAACCCCUUUUUCCCCUGCCCUUUCCCAUUUUCUCUCAGAACAGUUAAGACAGAUGACAUGUAUGAGAGCGACACACAGGAAUGCACCAUUACCAUCUCUGGAGCUGCUGACGACACAGACGAGGACUAGAGAUGGAAGUCCAGGCUCCUAACUCCUACACCACCGUAUGAAUGUUAGAGCCCUUCCACCAUUGCCCCCCAAAAAUGUAGCCCACACCAACCCCCUAGGAUAGUGGUCUUCAGGAUCAGGACCCCUAUGGUCCUCUUCUGUGUGUGUCUCUGUCUCUGCCUGCACUAAUCUCUGUCUUAGCCUCACAUUGCCUUUCUGUUAGCCUUUAACUCCCUGUGUGUGUCUGAGAACCAUAUCGCUCUACAAGCAACAAAUUAAAAAACAAAACAGCAAAGCAAUUACAAUAUUUUCUCUUGAUGUGGUAAUUUCCAAACAUAUUUAGGUAAAAAAUAAAUAUAGAAUAAGUUUGAUGUCAGUUUCCUAUUUUUACUCCUGGUGUUCAACAAUUACAUAGCAG